UUCAACCAUGAAGCUGCUGAGAGUCCUCAUUCUGGUUGCCCUCCCCCUUUACUGCUUUGCAGGUUCUGGAUGCUUAUUUUUAGAAGAAGCAAUUAACAAAGCAAUCGAUUCUCAAGUGAGCAUAGAUGAAUACCAAAACUUCCUUCAACCUUUCACAUAUGGUCUUGAAGCUAACGAGGCCAUAGCAGAGCUGAAGCAAUGUUUUCUCCAGCAGUCGGAUGAAACUCUGAGCAAUUUUGCAUUGGUGAUGGACAUAAUAUAUAAUAGUCCUUCGUGUGUUCUGUUUUAACCUUCCACGUGAUCUGGGGCUCUGAGGACUGCAGAGAAUGGUUGGACGCCGACUGCUG